GGUAUGCGAUUCCGUCAGCUUUUGUUUUACUUUGUAUCAAAAAACGAACAGUAUCCCUUUGUGGAUUUAUGAAAUGUAAGCAUUGGUAACCUACUGUUGCUUCUAAAUUAAUUGUUAUUUAUCGUGAAAAGUGGAAUACAUUUAUUGAAAUCAGCGUUUUAGGGGAAUCUACAGACAAUCGUUAAAAAAUUAGACGGACAUAAAUCAACUGUAUAUAAGAAUUGCAUAUUUAUAUUUUUCAUUUACGGAUGAUUUUGGACAUUCUUUUUAUGUUAUAUUAUUUCACAAUUAUGAUUAUCACCAAAGUGCAUCUUCAUAAGACACUUUGUCAAUACUUUGUUUCAAUCCAUAUCAUUUCCGGAAAAUAUCAAAUUGUAUACAUAAUUAUUUGAAUGUUUUAAGGCACUUUACGCUUGUAACAAAUAAUGAGUAAAAGUUGAUAUAUGACCUUAAUCAUGAUGCACUGACAAAAAUAGUUUCUAGUAUCAAAUUGCAAAGUCACAUGUUUUUUCUGUAGAUGAUAUAGUCAAGUAUUUACAGAGUGUACUAAAUUUUUAAACAUAACGUUUUGACAAAAUCACAUGAUUUUUUUCAUAGGUUUAAGUAGUUCAUGAACACAGGCCAAUAUCGUAACAAAGGCGUUUUUAAUUGAAGACAUUUUCAAGUUAAGAGAAUUAAAAACAUAUUUGAUACUACAAAGUACGUUGAAUCAUACGUCAUAAUUGGUAAUUGGUGCAGUAAAUUCGUACCAUAAAUUGACUAUUGAGUGCUUAUGAUUUUUUUUCUAAGUGAUACUGUUUUGUAAAUAAGAAGUUAUGAAUGUUAAUGAUAAAGGUAUUCUUGUUAUUUGAUAUGUUCAAAUACACAUGUAUUAUGAAGCAUUUUAUUUUUGGGGUACAUUUUUUUAAUUACCUUUCGAUGUUCGUAAGUUCAAACUGUGUCAGUCGAGUUACGGUUUCAAUUUGCUACUAAAGAAAAUGGAUGCUUUACAUUGAUAUUGCAUUCAUUUAUCUAUAAUCAACAUGAUCAAGGAGUAAAAGACUAAUUUUUGUCCAUUCUUAUGAUUAUUUCAUUUAUGUUUUAAUGUUUUUCCAUAAAUUAUGUAUAACAUAUGAUGAAGUUUUGUACGUUUAAUGAAACCUGCCUGUCAUGCAAGUGAGAGGUUUAGCUAUCUAUAAAACCAGCCUUUUUGUACUUAAGGAAGUACAUGUACCAAUUCAGGAAUAUGACAGUUGUUUUCCAUUUGUUUCGUGUGUUUGAGCUUUUGAUUUUGCCACAUUGAUAAAGGACUUUCCGUUUUGAAUUUCCCUUGGAGUUUGGUAUUUUUGUUUAUUUUACUUUCUACCUUUAGAUAGUUAUUUGGUGUUCUGUUUCCUAUAAGUUACAUUCUUGUUUACAUUUAAGACAUAUCUUCGUUCGUUGAUUCAUAAUGCUUUCUUAUUAUGUUUAUUGAUAACAAAUAAUAUAAAGCCUUAAAGUUGGUAAAUUGAUAGUUAUCACUUUUUAAUGAUUAUUGAAUUUUUUAAGUUAUUUUAUCUUUUUGUGGUCACAUAAUUUUUUGUAAAACGUACUCAGGUUUUGUAAAUAAAAGAGGAAACAUACUAUUAUAUGCUUGUUUGUAACUAUGGUGUUUUGUUACAUUAUUUUUACUUACAGUAUCUGUAGAAAGCAUAAUUACUGCCCUGUUUUUAAUAAACCAUCAAGCGCGAUAUAAUCUUUAUUUUGAAAAGGGAUUUGGACAAAGUCAGUUUAUGAAGCUUCAAUUUGAUUAUCUAAAUCCAAACGUUACAAGUAUACGUAUAUGACUGUGUUCUAUAAAUUCACUAAAUGAAUUCAGAUAAUCAUUUAAAUUCGUGUUGCAACAGGAGCAAAAAAGAGAGGCAAAAGAUACCAGAAGGACAUUCAAACUCAUAAGCCGAAAAUAAACUGACAACGCCAUGGCUAAAAAAGAAAAAGACCAACAGACAAAAAAUAGUACACAAAACAUAACAUAGAAAACUAAAGACUGAGCAACACCCUACCAAAAACUGGGGGUGAUCUCAGGUGCUCCGGAAGGGUAAGCAGAUCCUGCUACACAUGUGACACCCGUCGUGUUGCUCAUGUUAGUACAGAUCCGGUAAUAAGUAUAAUUCGGUAGGUCACAUUCGAGCAAUAAAUGCCCAUGUUUUAUAUCGUAGAAAUUAUUACUGUUGAAUUUAUUAAGCAAUCUGAAGUUAAGCGUCUAGCGUAGCAUAUGUCAUCUUCAUUGAACAUUUUUAUCACAAGUUUAUAUUGAUAGGUUCAAUUACUAGAACAAUGUCAUCGGUUUAAAUGAGCUUAAAAUAUCGGUUUUCAGAAGGUAAUAAUUUAAGUGUGUCUUGUCGCGGAAAAGCGUAUUCUAAACCAAAAUGUUUAUAAAAGUUGACAGAUUUUAACAUUGCAAAUCACAUUUAUUAUAGUGGCAGAAUGUGAUAAAUGCGAACCAGUUAUUUUAAGAUUGGCAUAUUGUUUUGAUUAGACAUGAUGAAUUAGAAAAAUAAAAUAAUGAAAGAAGCUACAGCUGUUCAGUUAUUUACCAAGACGUGAAUAGUAAAACAGAAAUAAUUAACUCAGGACUUGUAAGCUUUGUUGUUAAAUUUCCACCUUCUAAACCUGAUAAUAUUGCAUCAGCAAAAUUAUGGGAUCAUUUAACAACAGUUCUUAUGACAGGGUCAACAAAAAGUCAACGUAAAAUAAUCCCUGCCACAAAUGCUUCAUCAAUGAAUAGUAGCAUAAAUAACACCGAGUUCAGUAUGACACGAGAUUCACACAACACAACAACUGGAUCGUCGUCUACUAACCAUAAAAGUUUAAACUAUCCUAACGUUCCGGAGAAACACGAAAAAACUACUAUUGAGAAUUCCAUUACCCCAAACAUUUUAACAGAAGGAGAUAACAUUACAUCUAUAUGUACCGGAAAUGUUGGAAAACCACCAGGUCGGUUUUCCUGGAAAAAAUUUCGGAAUGGAGAAAACCUGCCAACGAAUUACACGCAUAUAAUUACAACAACGAUGAAGGGACCGGACAUGUGCACAUACAUUGGGACAAGUUAUCUCACAAUCCAGGUAACUGCUGAAGAUAACCAAGCAAUCAUUCGUUGUGUGGCAGAUUCAUCCUUGGAAAAUCAAGAUAUUUAUGAAGAAACGACACCAAUAGAAGUAAGGACUCGGCAUUUUGAUUUCACUAUAGAAUAUGGUUCAACCUUCACCACUACAAGCAGUAGCACUGAUGAUACAAGCAUCGUUGCAGCAUCCCAUGUUGGAUUUACAAUUCUUGCUGUCAUCGUGUGUUUGUCAUUUGUACUGCUGAUGGCAUAUGGAUUUCGUUUUUAUAAUAGAAGUCAAUUACGGAGGAGAAAACUACUAAAUAUUGGAAAAAAGAAAGCAAAUGACCUCCAGCUUAGCGCUUUAUUCCCAUUGAGGUUAGGCCAUUAUGAACACAAUUAUUUGAAUGAUGUUAUCAACAUCGAGGCACUUGAGGGUAAUAACAUUAAUGUAGGCAAUUUCAGAAUUGAUAAUAGGACAAUUAUAUUAAAAUAUGAAAUUAGUAAGAAAAAAAAACAUACUCAUUUGGUUUAAAAGUGUAGUUUUGCCCAUAUCGAUUUAUCCUAAUACAUAACACUUAUAGUGAAAAGGCAGCUGUCUUUAUCUUUGUAUAUGCCUGAUUUAUUGCUUUUAUUGAUAGUGUUAGCAUUAAAGGUUUACAACUUUUUGAGAGGUAUUGCAAUAAUUAAAAGGCUAACCCAUACCUUCGUCCGGGUUGACUGAAUAGUUUGAAGAGUAUGCCACCUAUGCAAAUUACUUUUAUGUAUUAACAUGUCACAAUUAUACAUGUAUGUGAUGUGUUUGUCGAGCAUAUCUUUAGUCAUGGUGUUAAUUUUGUCAUUUAAUCCCUGUCAUUUAUCUAUAAGAAAAAUAUGGUCCAUCAUGUGUCAAAAGCCCAUAUUAUUUGUAUUUCACAGCAACAGCUCAUAAUGUGUUAGGUAGUCUUUUCUUUUUUGAUAACUGUACGUAUAGCGUUUUUUUUUUUUUUUUUUUAAUUUCCAAUUUUCUUAAAAUGCACAAAAUGUUAGCACGUAUAGUGAAAAGAAACCUACCUGAUUGUCUAAAUACAAAUGUGUUGAUGUAUUUAAGUUUAUCGCAUGUAUCAAUAACCCUCAAGGAAAAGAGUUCAUAUACAUUUACUUGUUUAUCAAAUUUAAUCUAAAUAAAUUGUAUACAAAAAGUUCCACUAUUUCUUUAAAAAAAGUAAAUAAUUAACUUUCUAAAAUCCGCAAUGAUUAAAAAACUAAAUUUCAAAAAGGCUUUUGAUUACUGCAAUAAUUAGUUUGCAUUAUGAUUGGAAUCUACAAUUAGAUAUAUUGUGUCACUUUCUAUAAAUAAUCAAUCUCCUUAUGUCUUCUCUUGGGACAUGUGAGAAGUACGAUUAUAUGUUUUUUGCAAAGAUGCCACUGAAAUCAUAUAUAUAAAAACAAAUCUUUAUUGGAAAAUUUUAGUUUGAAUCAA